CCUCAGUCCUCACCCCGUCAGCCGCCAGUCCGCCACACGCACGCCCACACCCGACAGCGGCACCGGCGCACAGCCCCUGCCCCCGCCGUCUCUCGCUCCCGCACCUCGCGCCCCCGCCGCCUCUCGCACCACGCGCUCCCGCCACCUCCCGCACGGCGUACCUCCGCCGCCUCUCGCCGCCUCCAGCACCGCUCAACGACGCCUCCAGGAACGGCGCCGCCCCCCGACGCCUCCAGGACCGCUGCCGGCCCCCGACGCCUCCAGGACCGCCACCGUCGCCAGCCCUCGACGCCUAGGUCCGCCGCCAGCCUUCCGCCAACGCCCGCCGCCUCUAUCUCCAGAUUCACCGCCGGCCCGCCACCUCCAGCUCCAGAUCCGCCGCCGGCCCGCCUCUAGCUCCAGUUUGCUUCUGAACUUUGAAUUGCUUGAAAUGGUCGGUUCAGCACUUCAGCUCAUGCCCUGGUAGGAACUUCCUCGUGCCCUCUAGAAUCUAGCGAGGAGGAAGAGCACACACGCGAGUUCUAGCAUGGCUGACGGGAGGACCAAUGAGGCAGCAUCAGAGGAAGUGGAUUCCAUCCACUUCAGUUUCUAUGGUGAUGAUGAAAUUAAGAGGAUCAGCGUUAAAAAGAUCACCAUGUCAGAGCGCCUUGAUGCCAAGAACUGUCCUGUUCCAGGUGGAUUACUGGACCCUGCAAUGGGACCCAUCAAUGAUACUGAUACGUGCAAGAGUUGUGGUCAGCAUUCUGUUCGUUGCCCAGGUCAUUUUGGUCACAUUGAGUUGGCAAAGCUGUUGUUUAAUCCAAUGCUAUUUAUGAGUCUGAAAAACCUUCUCCAAGUAACAUGCUUCCAUUGUCACAAGUUCCGCUUGAGCAAGGAACAGGUUGACAGAUAUGUGAAUGAACUUGAACUUUUAGUAAAGGGUAAUGUUGCCCAUGCUAAAAAUUUGGAAGACUCAGGUAAAGAAUCAUCUCUUUCAGAGGAAGGUGAUGACAUUAAUGAAGCCACUUCAGGGGAUAAAUCAUCUCCUGAGAAAGAUAAGAAAACCUGGACAUCGAUCCAAUUGAAAGAGGUCCUGUCUCUUUUUUCCAAGGUAAUGAAAAAGAGACAGAAGAAGUGUGCCAAAUGCGACAUGAAGAGUCCAACAAUCACAAGCCCUAUAUAUGGUUGGCUGAUCAAGGGGACAAGUGCUUCCGUUGUAAGAGCAAAUGCGAUUACUGAUUUUAAAUUGAAGGGAGAUGGUGAUGUUCGUGACUCAGGAGAAACUGGUGUUUCCGGUCUUGAUGAGGAGCGAACUUCACCUGGAAAGGUGUCCAAAGGAUCAAUCAAUGAAAUGAGACGACUUUCUGAUGACACAAUUAAAGAAAUGGUGGCAUCAUCAGGAAAGAAGCAUCUUUUGCCUACAGAGGUUGAAUCCAUUCUCAAGGAUUUAUGGAAAAAUGAAGCCAGGUUCUGCAUGUUACUAUGUGACUUCCAGCAGAAUACAUUAAGUGCAUCAGAAAAGAGAAGGGGCUAUGAGAUGUUCUUCUUGAGUAGUCUCCUUGUGGCACCAAAUAGAUUCCGUCCCUCAACUAGCUCUAGUCUUGGAAUUAUGGAACAUCCACAAAAUGUUCUGCUAGGUAAAGUGCAAGAAGCCAAUCUUGCACUACAGCGUAACAGUGCCGGUCCUAAUCAUAUGGAUGUUCUUAGAAGAUGGAUGGAUCUACAAAGAAGUGUAAAUGUGUUGUAUGACAGUAGCAGAGGCCUGGUACAAAGCGAGAAGAAUGCUCAUGGUAUACGGCAAUUAUUGGAAAAGAAAGAAGGAAUUCUUCGACAGAAGAUGAUGGGGAAGAGAGUUAAUUAUGCAUGCCGAUCUGUUAUAUCUCCUGAUCCAUACUUGGCUGUUAACGAAAUCGGAAUUCCUCCUGUUUUUGCGACACGCUUAACGUAUCCUGAGAAAGUAACACCCUGGAAUGCCAAAAAGCUCCAAGAAGCUAUAAAGAAUGGUGCUGAAAUUCAUCCAGGUGCAACACAUUACAGGGACAACAAUAACAUGUAUAAGUUACAGGCAGCCCCUACCAAACGCCGUGCCAUUGCUAAGAUGCUACCUGCAUCCAGAGGAUCAAUUUCACAGGCAGGGAAAGACCCUAAGUGCGAAUUUGAAAGCAAGGUUGUAUAUCGACAUCUUCAAGAUGGUGACAUUGUACUUGUCAACAGACAGCCUACACUUCACAAGCCUAGCAUGAUGGCUCAUUUUGUUCGUGUGUUGCCUGGAGAAAAGACACUACGAAUGCACUAUGCCAAUUGCAGCACCUACAAUGCCGAUUUUGACGGAGAUGAGAUGAAUGUACACUUUCCCCAAGAUGAAAUAUCUCGUGCUGAGGCCAUCAAUAUUGUUGACGCGAACAAGCAAUACAUUGGUCCUAGGAGUGGGGAUGCUGUCAGAGGUCUCAUACAGGACCAUAUUGUUAGUGCUGUACUGCUGACAAAACUGGACACAUUUUUAAGCCGUGAAGAAUAUAGUCAGCUUGUCUAUGGGUCUUGUGUGCCCUCCUCAGCUUUUAGCUCUCGUCAACCUGGUAAAAAGGUGUCUGCUAUUAAGGAUGAUGAUACAUUACAACUUCUCCCUCCUGCUAUUUUGAGGCCAAAGCCCUUAUGGACGGGAAAACAGGUUAUAACAACCAUCUUGAACCAUUUAACAAAAGGCCACCCUCCAUUUACUGUGGAGCAGAAGGGAAAAAUUGAAAAAAAAUAUCUAAUCCCUAGAGAACGCCAUGGUGCUAAAGAUACAGCUAGAGAUCCUUCUGAACAGGUUUUAUAUAUUCACGAUAAUGAGCUCAUAAAGGGCAUGAUAGAUAAGGCCCAGUUCGGAAAGUACGGGAUAGUUCAUACAGUUCAUGAGCUUUAUGGUGCAGAUACAGCUGGAAUACUUCUCUCAACAUUCAGCCGCCUGUUUACACUGUUCUUGCAGUUGCACGGGUUUACUUGUGGAGUAGAUGAUCUGCUACUAUGCCAAGAGUCCGAUAAACGGAGAAGGGAAAUUUUGGGGACAAGUGAACAGUGCAGUGAAGAAAUCCAUAGGAAAUUUACACAAACUGGAAAUGAUCUUGAAGAUCCGGUAAAAUUGCAAUUGGAGGUUGAGAAAGUUGUAAGAAGGAAUGGAGAAUCUGCCACAGUUAUCUUGGACCGAAUGAUGUCUAGUGCUCUAAACGUGAUAACAUCCAAAGUCAAUCAAAAAUUAUUUCCUUAUGGUCUACAAAAGCCUUUUCCUGGAAAUUGCUUCUCUCUUAUGACUGCAACUGGAGCUAAAGGUGGCUUGGUUAACAUGACACAAAUAUCAUCAUUGCUAGGCCAACAAGAGUUAGAAGGAAAGCGUGUUCCACGGAUGGUUUCUGGGAAGACUUUACCAUGUUUUCCGCCGUGGGAUACUUCUUCCAGAGCUGGUGGUUUCAUCAGUGAUCGAUUUCUAACUGGUCUCCGCCCUCAAGAGUAUUACUUUCACUGUAUGGCGGGCAGAGAGGGGUUGGUUGACACAGCAGUCAAAACAUCUCGCAGUGGAUAUCUUCAGCGUUGUCUUAUCAAAAGUCUGGAAUCGUUGAAAGUCUCGUAUGAUCACACCGUACGUGAUGUUGAUGGAUCAAUUGUACAGUUCUGCUAUGGAGAAGAUGGAGUUGAUGUGCAUAAAAGUAGCUUUCUAAACAAGUUCAAAGAACUUGCUGAUAACAGAAAAGCUGUCUUUGACAAGCUUGGAGGUCACAAUCAAGAUCACAUGUUAUCAAAAUCUAAUGGCUACAUUACUAAACUGCCUGAGAAGUUGAUUGAUCUUGCAAUGGAGUUUCAUAAGCUCUCAAAAGAAGAGAAACAGUGUCGCUACGACAUUAAGAAGGAGGAACUAAUGAAGUUACUGAAAGUCAAAUACCUAUAUAGUCUUGUAGAUCCUGGCGAGGCUGUCGGUGUGAUCGCUGCUCAGUCAAUAGGAGAACCUUCAACUCAGAUGACUCUCAACACUUUUCAUCAUGCUGGAAGGGGUGAGAUGAACGUAACACUAGGGAUACCUCGGUUAAAAGAAAUACUAAUGACUGCAUCAGCUAGUAUUAGUACGCCUUUUAUGAAGUGUCCUCUGCAUGAAUGUAGGACUAGGGAUGAUGCUGAACGAGUGGCUGCAAAACUUAGGAGGGUUCGUGUGGCUGAUAUUGUGGAGAGAAUUGAAGUAUGCACAGUUCCUUUUUACAACAAUAAUGGGCACGUUUCAACCCUGUACAAGUUACAGAUGAAACUCUACCCACAAGAGCGUUACCCUCCUCAGUCAGAUCUUACAGUAGAUGAGUGUCAGGCAACAUUAAGCACAGUUUUUGUUGAUGCAAUGGAACAUGCAAUCGGAAAGCAUCUAGAUUUGCUAUACAAAAUUAAUCAAAUCCGUGCUGUUAAGGUAAAAGAUACAGAUGGCUCAUUAUCAGAUGGAGUUGAAGAAUCUGAAAGUAGACCUGCUGAUGGAGAAGACACUGGUCUGAGUGAUGGUGAUGAUGAGAAUGAUAAUGACGAUGACUUGGGAACUGAUGCAGAAAAGAGGAAACAGCAAGAGAAAGAUGAGAUGGAGUAUGACGAUGAUACUGAAAACGAAGAGGGAAUGUAUAGUGAAUCUGAAGAAGAGACCAAAGUUAAACCUCAGAGUGAGGAUGGUCCAGCAGAGUCUGGUGAAGAUCCUCAAGAGGCUGAGGAAGGACACAAGAUCUCAAAGUCUGAGAUGGCUUCAGUGGAUGAUGUGUUGUCAUAUUCUGCUAAAAAGGGGAAAAAAUCAGAAGAUAAGCACGAGAGAGCUAAACUCCAAGAGGUAAAUCAAACCGAGGAAAGAUCAGAUGGGCGGAAACAGGAUCAAACGACCCAGAAGCGCAGGAAGAAGCUACAACGUACUGUCCAUGUUGAAACCACAGAUUUGAAUUUUGAGAUUCACUACGCCUUUCAUGAUGAACCUCAUAUUUUACUAGCUCAGAUUGCCCAGAAGACAGCUAGGUCCAUUUUUGUCAAGGCCUGUAAUAAUAUCGAUCGAUGCACAGUUGUUGAGCCAGAGAAGAAAGGUAGCCCUAUACUUCUACAAACGGCAGGAGUGAACUUCGAAGUACUCUGGAAUCUUGAGGAAUACCUCGACAUCAAGAUGGCCAGAUCAAAUGAUAUACAUGCAAUGUUGAACACGUAUGGGGUGGAGGCCGCAAGGACCACCAUCAUCGAUGAAGUGAGCGGUGUGUUCGGCGCCUACGGUAUCCUCGUGAACACGAGGCACCUGAGCAUGAUUGCAGAUUUCAUGACCUUCGACGGUGGCUAUCGACCGAUGAACCGGCUAGGGAUGGGUCAAUUCAGCACCUCGCCAUUUGGCAAGAUGACCUUUGAGACUGCGACCAAAUUCAUCGUGGAAGCGGCUACUCAUGGGGAGUCUGACACGCUGGAAUGCCCCUCGGCAAGUGUCUGCCUUGGGAAACCAGCGAAGGUGGGAACUGGCAGCUUUGGCUUGCUGCAGAAUCUUGGCUUGGAGCAGCCCAUGGUAAUGUAAACCUGCGUUUGGCACGACUGAUCGGACUGCCUGCUGUAGUCCACAAAUUUUUGAAGCUUGCCUUUUCAGAUAAAUCUGUAUUACUGAAAAACUGCUAAUAUAUGAUAGUGGCAGAAGAGAUAAAUCUGUGUUACGACUUGAUCUUUCAUUUUUGGAAAAGAACAAAAGACCCAGCUUCUUAGC